AGUAGUAUAAAAAAGAUUGGCAAGAGUCGAAAAGGAACGGAAUCCGGAAGUAGAGGUCACCUAGUGUUGUAGGUGUUGUGGUUGAGAUAGUUGCUUGGGUCGGCGUUCGUGUAAUAGCUUAACCUCGUUAGUGUCAUUUAGUUUGUACUUGCUUAACAUUUAUGAUUGUUUGGUUACGCUUGAAUAGUUUAGUAUUAGAAAUAAAAGUAAAAUAAGCAACGUAUUUAGUAAUACUUUAUUGUAGAAUCGGCAAAUUUGUAUGUUUUAAGUGUCCAGAACUGAUCAGUUAUUUCGGAGAAAAUGUUUCAUCUUAAAUCCAUAACGAAAAGUGUAGUAUCCCUGAAGCACAGUUGCUCUCAAUUGGAUGUGAACACAUUCCUUAAAGUAUGUUCUACAGCUGUCCAUCUCCGAAAUUCAAGAUCGUAUGCGGAUCAUCAGAUCCCCGACAGGUUGAAAGAUGUUCCUAGUGCUGCGAAUCCACGAUUUUUCGAUAUGGUGGAAUAUUUUUUCCAUCGGGCAUGUCAGAUAGCAGAAGACAAAUUGGUUGAAGACAUGAAGGUUCACAAGAUGUCAGUGGAGGAUAGAAAGAAGAAAGUCAAAGGCAUUUUGAUGUUGAUGCAAGGUUGUGACCAUAUAAUUGAAGUGUCUUUUCCUGUAAGACGAGAUAAUGGAGAUUAUGAAAUGAUUACGGGAUACCGGGCACAGCAUAGCACACACAGGACACCAUGUAAAGGAGGAAUUAGGUUUUCUGAAGAUGUGACUCGUGAUGAGGUGAAAGCCUUGUCAGCCCUGAUGACCUUCAAGUGUGCCUGUGUUGAUGUUCCAUUUGGUGGUGGAAAAGCUGGUCUCAAACUCAACCCUAAAGAAUACAGUGAACACGAACUGGAGAAGAUAACCAGAAGGUUUACUCUUGAAUUGGCAAAGAAAGGAUUCAUUGGACCUGGAGUGGAUGUGCCUGCUCCAGACAUGGGUACUGGAGAACGUGAAAUGUCAUGGAUUGCUGACACCUAUGCUAAGACAAUUGGUCAUCUGGACAUCAAUGCUCAUGCUUGUGUAACGGGUAAACCUAUCAACCAAGGUGGUAUCCAUGGGCGAAUCUCCGCAACGGGUCGAGGUGUUUUCCAUGGACUUGAGAAUUUCAUCAUGGAAGCUAACUACAUGAGCAUGAUAGGCACUACUCCUGGCUGGGGAGGAAAAACUUUCAUUGUUCAGGGAUUUGGCAAUGUAGGUCUCCAUACUAUGAGGUACCUUCACCGUGCUGGAGCUGCAUGCAUAGGAGUAAUUGAAAGAGAUGGUUCCAUUUUCAACAAGGAGGGCAUUGAUCCAAAGCAACUAGAAGACUACCGUAAUGACAGCGGUAGUAUUGUUGGCUUCCCUGGAGCAAGUGCAUAUGAAGGUGAAAACUUGAUGUUUGAACCUUGUGACAUUUUUGUUCCUGCUGCUAUUGAGAAAGUGAUCAACAAGGAUAAUGCACAUCGUAUACAAGCUAAGAUUAUUGCAGAGGCAGCUAAUGGUCCAACAACUCCUGCUGCUGAUAAAAUUCUUAUUGAUCGUAAUAUCCUAGUCAUCCCUGAUCUGUAUAUAAACGCUGGUGGUGUCACUGUGUCAUUCUUUGAAUGGCUCAAAAACCUAAAUCAUGUUUCAUAUGGUCGGUUAACAUUUAAAUAUGAGAGAGAAUCAAAUUACCAUUUGCUUGAAUCUGUGCAAGAAUCACUGGAGCGAAGGUUUGGACGUGUUGGAGAAUCUGUGCAAGAAUCACUGGAGCGAAGGUUUGGACGUGUUGGAGGUCGAAUUCCUGUAACCCCCUCUGAAGCAUUCCAGAAAAGAAUCUCUGGUGCAUCAGAGAAAGACAUUGUGCACUCUGGUCUGGACUACACGAUGGAACGGUCGGCAAGGGCUAUCAUGAAGACUGCAAUGAAAUUCAAUCUUGGGCUGGAUUUGAGAACUGCAGCUUAUGUGAACUCUAUUGAAAAGAUUUUCACAACAUACAAGGAAGCAGGAUUAGCUUUCUAAAUACUAGUAUAUCAGUGUGAAUUCACUCUUUACCAUAUCUAGCAAAACAGAAGAUUCAUUUGUACCAAACCCGUUUUUCCCCCCUUUUAUUUUUCUUCUUUUCUCUUCUUUUAUUUCCUUCUUUUCUUCAUUUCUUUUCUUUCUUCCUUUCUUUUUCUUUCCUUCCUUCCUUUUGCUUUCAGCGGUUCUGAAUAGUAGUCUUCUAUCCUUAUAGCAUCACAUUUUUUUUUCCUUUCUUACAAUGACAAAUUUGUGAAUGGUACUUAAAUAUGCAAAUGAUUACCGAUCCUUUUGCCAUUUUCAGUGCUUUGAUAUUAGGAGGAUAUUUGGAAACAUUGUAUACCUAAUUUGGCUGGAUACGGUAAAUGAUCUUCAGUGGCAAAA